AUGUCUUCCAUUGGAGCAACUUAUGCAACAGUUUAUGUGAUGCAGAAGCGACAGAAGGAGGUAAUGGAGAAGAAGCAAGAGCAAAUGGGAGGGAGAUCAGGACAGAGCAGUACUGUACAAGACACCAAAGUCUCUGCACAUGGGAGGAACAAGAAGGUUUAUCCGGGGACUUUUCAGUCCCCGAACAAUAGUCCGGUGGAGGCCAAACAUAAUUAA